AUGGGUCAGCUCACCCUCGAGGUGUCAUCUGGCGACAUCACCAAGGAGGCCUGUGAUGUCAUCAUCAACUCUUCCAAUCAAACCUUUACCCUAAGAUCAGGAGUGUCGAAGGCGAUCUUGGACAGCGCUGGACUAACAGUUGAGCUGGAAUGCUCACAGAUUGUAAAUUCUCCAAAUUACCAGCCCGUUCCGUUCAUCCUGACGUCGGCCGGCCAGCUGCCCAGCACACACAUUAUCCACGUUGUCGGCAAGAAUGAUCCUGCAAAUAUUAAGGAUGUGGUUUACACAGUGCUGAAGUUCUGCGAGGAGAACAAGCUCAGCUCUGUCUCCUUCCCGGCCCUGGGAACAGGUCAGGGAGGGGCCAACCCGUCGGCGGUGGCAGACGCCAUGGUGGAUGGGGUGGUGGACUUUGUGAGGAAGAAGCACCCGAGGUUUGUUUGCAGCGUAAAGAUCCUGAUCUUCCAGACAGUCAUGAUGCCGGAGUUUCACAGGAGCAUGAAGAGGAGAGAGGGAGAGCAGGUGGAGGUCAAGAGCGUCUUCACCGAGUUCAAAGACACUGUCACUUCAUGUUUUAUGGGACGUCGGAAGUAGAGACCCAGCAGGAGACUUUAAUAAGUGUCCUCCUAGAGGGGAGAACACUCUGGAUCAUAUUUACUCCAACAUUA